CAUGUCCAAAUCUACGCUGUCGUCCGUGGUGUCUAACCUCGUCCGCGCAUCUAUGGGCUCCUCUGUGUCUGACUCAGUUCUCGACGAAGACCUCGACCGCCACGUUGCGCAGCUCAUCCUGAAGGAAGCAAAGCAAAAGGCGGAGCGCUAUGGUUCCGAAGGCUACAAGGCUUAUUUGCCCGGAAACACCUGGUCAGAGAGUAACGCCCCCAAGACGAACAAGCGUUUCCUGACGUCCAUCAUCAAGAACACAGAUGAGCACAACAAAACUAUCCUCCGCGCCCAGGCUGUCGCUGCCGAAGAAGUCCGUAGGGAGCGGCUGGAGCAAGAGAGGCGUGAACGGCGUGCUCGAGCGGAAGAAGCAGUAGAUGCAGAACGGCUCCGCCGCCUUAUGGGCAAGGGUGGCACGCAGUGGAAGCGAGACAAAGGUGACGAGCGAGAUAGUCGUGACAGGAAGAGGGGAGAAAGAGAUUGGGAACAGAGAGAUGACUACGACGGGAGCGAAAUGGAGGAUAGGAAGGGGAAGGGGAAGGAGCGAGAAUCUCGUCGUAAUGAACGGCGACAUAGGUAUCGGUCUCGCUCACCGACGGGUGAAGACGACGACUCUGAGCGCCGUAGAAGACACACACGGCACAGGGAGCGUAGUCGGUCUCCGCGGCCGGAAACCCACUCUGACGGCGAGGGCGAGGACGAACGCAAGGAGCGACGCCACACACAUCGAAGUGAACGUUUGAGGCGAUCUCGGAGUCGCGACCGUGGCCACCACCGCCCUCAUAGAGAUGAUGCGGACCGCGAACGUAGAAGGGGUAGACGACAUCACGAACGCAGACGAACAAGGUCAUCCUCGCCUGCAGGCCCAUUGGACAGGGAAGAAGAUGAGGCUAGAACCCGAACACGACGAAAGCGAUCCCCCUCACUGAAGUCUGGGUCCAACAGUGUCGUCUCAGAAGAUAGAUCAGACGCGCGCAGGAGGAAGCGAGAGGAUGACUACGAAGACUCUCCUCGCAAGCGGCCUCGUUCGACUUCUCGCGAUCGUGUACCUUUGCGUGAGUCAGACGAACCCCAGUCGCGCCCCGAGGAGAUCAACGGCGCAUCAGAAACCCCGAAGGAUCCUGCGAAGGAAGCAGAGGAAGAAGUACUCCGCCGCCAAUUCGACGACAAGGUCGCUCAACUGCGUGCCAGCCUGGCCUCACGACCUCGUGCCCCCUCUUCACGAGCCAAAGGCCUUACAGACAGGAGCCCCUCAUCCUCUCGCACACCGCAUAAAUACUCGCCCUCCCCGGGACCCCGGCCGUCAUCUCCCUCCCACGAAAAGUCCUCGCGCUCAAAGCGCAAACGCGAGAAGGCACGCGAGGCGCCUCCGCCGCCGCCGACCUCCCCUCCGCCGCUCCCAGCGCACCUGCCAUCGAAGAUGGACAAGUACUUCGAAGAUUCAUACGACCCGCGCCUCGACGUCGCGCCGCUAGCCAUGCCAAGUGUCCCAGCGACGGGCCUCAUCGACGACGCGGACUUUGCUGGCUGGGACGCGAUGCUUGAGGUCAUCCGCCGCCGGCGCGAGGACAAGGAGGAUAAGAAGCGACUCGAGCGGAUGGGUGUUGGGAAGGAGAAGCUGAAGGAGGAUAAGAACAGCCGCGGGACGAGCGAAGUCACGGAUAUCAUGGCGAUUGCGUACAAGAAGCGAGGCGCGGUGAGAGAGUGGGACCUCGGAAAGGAGGGAUUCUAGAGUUUGACGUUUUGGCCCUCAACGCAUGCUAAUGGAUUGUUCGACUCGCAUUGUAUUCCGGAGAUAUAGAUAUCCUCAUUACCUAGGUAACGUACAUUCACUUCAUCCCUGUAUCAUUGGAUCAUGUUACAUAUUGUACAUCCCUAAUUUAUACCGU